AUGGAGAUUUUCUCAACACGUACUGAUGCCACAGUUACACCUGCCAGCGUAAAGUUGUUUGCGAUAUAUGACCCUUCUUUGUCGCAUAGCGAAGAGGACUCGGAUCAACAAAUAGUGGUGUUCAUCCCCAGUGACGUUGAUGUCAACACGAAGACGAGGAAGGUUGGGCUGAUGCAGGGGAUCUUCCAGUUCUGUGACAAUUACACACAGGGGGCUCAGCUGAACCAUGUUGCUCUGGAAGAUGGAUAUGUUCUGUAUACGGUGUUGGAGUCCCGCUAUCACUGCAUAUUACAGAUCGAGUGCACCAGGGUCGAGGAUGACGAUGGUGUUGAGUAUCGGAAAUUCGACAUUGCACCUGUGAACUAUCUACACCAGCUUAUAUAUAGAGGGUAUGAUCAUUUCAGGCUGCACCAUGGUACGAUUCAGAGCCUUUGGGAGAGUAUGUCGAGGGAUGAAUGCACAAGAUUCCUGACCAAAUGGUGGCACAUUUGGACAACUCAACUAGACUUACAUAUGAACGGAGAAGGCAUAUUGAAGCUUACGGAUUCAUAUAGAAGAUCACAGUUGAGGUUUGAUUCUGAGGUUUCUUCGAAUGUUGAUGUUUUGAGGGAGAAAUAUGGUUUUAAGGACUUCCUUGUUUGGGACCCUCAAGUGGACAACGUUGAUGAGUUUGGACUCAUCUACGAGCAUUCAAAGAAGCUACAAACAUGUUCGAAAGUAAGACUGUUACACUGGCUAGAGGAAUUGGUGCACUAUGGUAUCACAAGUGAAAGCCUGACCUCAAGCAACAUUAUUACACAGGAUUCCCAAUUGAAUAAAGCAAUCGCUCAUUCAGAUGAGACCAUUUACGAUCCUUUCAAGAUGGUGUUGUCCACAAUAAACGAUGUCUCCAGUAUUGCAGGUAUAACUGCUGGUGUGAACACAGGUAUUAAAGCCAUGAGUCAAGGAGUUGAAUAUUUGAACGGCUAUCUCCCCUGGGGGAAGGGAGUUGAACCAGCGAUUACAGAUGUUGUCAGCGACAAGACAACCUCGGAGACACCUUUCCUUAUUGGGUCAUUGGGGGAAGCUAUAACUUACAAAAACGUAUAUCUUCAAUUUGAAGAUUGCAAUGACGAGAAAUUGUAUAGAAUUGUCAUAUUUAAAUCAGAGGGAAAAUUGAUCAUACUAAUCUUUGAAUUCAACGUGAACACAUUGAACGAGCUACAGUUCUAUUCGCAACUGGCAAAGGAUUUGGUGCAGUUUACACGGGGGAACAGAUCACACGCUUCAAAUGUGGUUGCAAAGAAACGUCACCUACAUUAUAUACUUUUCGACACUUUGAAACGUCGUCUAGAUACGAAUUUGCCAAUGAUCUUGAGUGUUGAUAAAGACGAUGAACACUAUGACGUUAAACAUCCUGAUGACUUGGAGAAUUCGAGAAUGCAAUCGAUCAUCGUGCAUAGGGAGCUGGCCAACAUGUUUCAACACGAUCCAGAGCAUUCUGAAAGGUUGAUACGUACGAAGAAUGGUUGGUGGUGUUAUGAAACUACAGAAUCCAACAAGAAGGUGAUUAUAAUCAAGAGAUGGCAUGCACCUUCAGAUAAACGUGAGUCAUCCUCCAAUGGAUCCGGUAUACUCGACAGUAGUACGGAUAUGCUGGGAAGCAUUGCGCUGGAGGCCAAACUUCUACUGGAGCGAUUUACGUGA